AACCAUCUCCAUGGAGAAAGAAAGUUAAAUUUGUGGGUCCAAGGCUGGACUUUGAAGGAUCACUUUAUGAUGACUAUGACCUGAUUGAGCCCUCGAUCAAUUUCAAUUUGGAGGAUAAAGUUACGAGGAGGACAGAAGAGUUGAUGCGUGACACAUGGAAGAAUAGUUGCUCUGUUGAGGCACCACCAUGCUACUUUGCUUAA